AUGGCCGAUCAGACCCCAGCUCACCACGACGCGCCCUCUCUCCCCGGCUCACCUUUGCCCAAACGGACAAAGUACACCGAGGCUGCACCGAACCUCAGUGUCGCAGCAUUGAUCAACGAUCCUCAAGCUGCUACACCCACACCACAAACGACGCAACUGCCCAACCCGCUGUCCGAGAUGUCCGCCCCUCUCAAUGCGACCGCGACCGCGUUGCCCGCCCUGCCUUCCAUGUCCGCCCUUGAACCGCCCCCGCCAGCCAUUCAAGUCAAACUCCUCUCUCCCACCGCCAAGGUGCCGACGCGUGGCUCUGCAUUCUCCGCGGGCUACGAUCUUUACGCAUCCAAGGAAGCUGUGAUUCCCGCGCGUGGGAAGGCAUUGGUCGAUACCGACAUCAGCAUUGCCUUACCUGUCAACACGUAUGGAAGAGUUGCGCCGAGAAGUGGACUCGCUGCGAAGCAUAGCAUCGACACGGGGGCUGGGGUCAUCGAUGCAGACUACCGAGGCCAGGUCAAAGUCUUGCUGUUCAAUUUCAGCGACGUCGAUUUCAAGGUCGACGUGGGCGAGAGAGUGGCACAGUUGAUUGUGGAGAGGAUCUACACCCCAGAAAUUGUCGAAGUCGCUGAGCUAGAGCAGACAGUUCGCGGUGCAGGAGGCUUUGGCUCAACGGGA